GCGGUACUGAUACAUAGACUACAUUACUAGUAUCACAUACCGGUACAUGAUCAAAAACUGGCUGUGCUCCAUCCUUUUUCUUCGGGGCACACGUGGGACACUUCUGACCAACCUUGUUGUUCUGGCCAGAGGACGAACUCCCAUGCACCAUGCACAGCCGCUGAAUAUUUUCGCCACUUUUCUUGCUCGGCUGCAUCAAGCAAGAGUUAUCGAAAAGAGAUUAGACUGAAGAGGCGAAUUGAGAUACUGUGCAGAACCAUGGCAGCCUUCGAGGAAGAAGACCUAAUCAUCAUGGGAGACGAAAGCGAGUGUGAUGACUCAAGCCAUGGCGACGAUGCCAAGCCCACAGCUCGUCAGCUGCAGGAAGCGGAGGAGAAGAACAAGCUGCUACAACGAAACGAGGAGAAAGCCGUCUCUUGUGUUCGUGUUGCUGUCUACUGCGUUGUUGUUAUCACUGCCAUUUCUGUGACAUUGGCGGUCUACUUCUACACGAAAAAUGAGCAAGAGAACAACUUUCAGACUGUUUUUGAAAUCUACGCCAACAAGUUGGCAGAAUCAUUCAUUGAUUCGGUAGAUCGCAAGAUUGUUGCCAUUGGAGGGCUCUCCACCACUAUCACCAACUAUGCAUUGAGCAAUGGUCUGACCUUUCCCAACGUGACAAUUGAUAACUGGAUCAUGUUGGCUGGGCAAACGAGGAUACAAGCAGAUGCCAUCAACGUGGAGUAUGCUCCAUUGGUGACCGAUGAGAAUCGACUUGGCUGGGAAGAAUACUCCUUUAACCACAAGCAAUGGCAGCAAGAUCAGUGGCAGGAGGAACUCAAAUUCAUGGAGUCGCAGGAUCAAUACUUUGGGUUGGAGGAAGACGUGAUCGAGGACGCUCCCGGUUCAGACAGAUCACAAAACGAAGAGUCUUCGGAAGGAGGGCCACCACCAGAGAACGAAAUACAAUCAGCACAAGGGCAAGGUACACCUCCUGAGGAUGGACAGCAGCCGCCACAGAGGUCCCUCCAAGAAGCGCCGCCAGCUGGGGAGGAAGAACCACCCAAGCGGGGCUUCAACAGGCAGAUUUUCGGCCCAGGACCUCCGCAGGAGAGUGGCCCUCCACCACCAAUUCCACAGCCACCAGGAAGCGGACCGUACGCUCCAUUCUGGCAUAUGUCCCCCAUCAUUCCUUUGGAAUUCCUACUGAAUAGAGAUCUGUUUUCCCGUCGGGUCGUAGCUGAUUCGAUCGUCUCUGUGCUUGAAACUCAACAUGCAGCGCUAGGUCGUGCAGUGGGUGUCCGCGAUCCGAGCAACAUCACACUUCAGGAAUUACUUCCGAUCAGAAUUACGAAUGAUUACAUCCAACGUGGACAAUACCGACACGACUUGCAGUUCUUCUCGGGAGAUGCCACAACUACUCUGACUUACCCCGUGUUUGAUUCCUUUGGGGCAAACAGGACCGUGGCUGGGUUCUUGCUGUCGCCCCUGAUGUGGCGCUUAAACUUUGAGAAGAUUGUUCCUGAAAGUCUAGGAGGCUUUAUUGCUGUAAUCAAGAGCAAACAGAGUGAGCCCAUCAGCUAUCUCAUAGAAGGUCCAAAAGCAACCUACCUGGGGAUCCAAGACUAUCAUGCCUCCAACUAUGAUGACAUGUUUGUCUUUCAAAACAUGGAAGAAACCUUGCAGGUCCUACACAGCCCGAGGAACCAAGCAUUUGACGCAGUACAAGUCGAUUUUGGGGAAUAUGUUCUGUACAUUUAUCCCACCGAAGAACUUGAGAGCCAGUACAUUACUAACAAACCGGCCGUGUACGCUUCCAUUAUGGCCUCCGUCUUUUUGUUCACCAUCUUGGUGCUGGCUGUGUUUGACUGCCUUGUCGCAAGACGACAGCAGGUUGUGAUGAAGAAAGCUGUAGAGUCCCGCGCUCUUAUUGCCACCCUGUAUCCAGAGCAAGUCAGAGAACGGAUGUUUGAAGACGAACCUAAAGGCAAUGCAGAAAGGAGAAAGUGGAAGAAUCCAGGUGAAGCAGGAAUGCAUGAGGAAGGCACAAAGGCAAUUGCAACGCUCUAUGAAUCCGCAACUAUUCUCCUCAUGGAUCUGGCGGGAUUUACCGAGUGGAGUUCCGCUCGUACUCCUUCCGAUGUGUUUGAAUUGCUGGAAACACUUUAUCAGAGCUUUGACCGUAUUGCGUCGAAGCGUGGCGUGUAUAAGAUUGAGACGAUUGGUGAUUGCUGGGUGGGAGUCACUGGAGUCCCUAACCCUCAAAAGGACCAUGCACCGCGGAUGGUCAAGUUUGCGGCAGCGUGCCAAGUGAGCAUGGGACAACUCGUUGGGAAUAAACUCGCUGACCGACUGGGUCAAGAUACGGCCAACCUCAAACUGAGAGUGGGGAUGCAUUCGGGUCCAAUAACAGGUGGAAUAUUGCGUGGAGAUAAAGGUCGUUUCCAGCUUUUUGGAGAUUCGAUCAACACCGCGUCUCGAAUGGAAAGCAAUGGAGUUCCUGGAAAGAUACACGUAUCUCAAUCCACAGCAGACGAGCUGAUUCGUCAUGGCCAUCGAGAUUGGCUGACAGAGCGGGAAGACAAGGUCGAGGCAAAAGGCAAGGGUUUGAUGACAACAUACUGGGUGGCCGUGAAAAGCAGCAAGAGCACCGGAACAAGGGCGUCAUUGAUGUCCUUGUCGGACGAAACCGGCGAGAGCUUUGCAGAUGAAGCCUCAGCUAGCAUGGUUGCUGAGUCCAAACAGUUCGAUAUGGGAUCGAGAUCAGAGCAGGCUCGCACUACUUCCAGAGAUCUUCUGCCCAGAAUUACCGAGCUUGAGGUAUAG